GAUAAAUGUCCGAUAAAAUACUUAUAUACUAGUAACAAAAAAAGGAUAAUUAAAAGGAUAUAAUGAAUCAGCAACAAAAGUGCAGACACAUUUCACUAUAAAUAAUUACAUCGAACGUUUUUCAAGAUAAAAUCUGAAAAACAUGUGAUAAUUAUAACACUUUAGUGUGUCCAUAGUUUUAGUUUUCGUUGGCGACAUGUAUCGUAAUGUCUCAUUACCUGCUUUGCCCGCUAACUUCAACGCUUCAUGGAAUACUGUCGCACCUUGGAUUUGAUUUCAAAAGGAACAAAUUUACCAACAGACAACUGUUGGUAAGUUGGAAUCAAGAAUCUUGUUUGACAGACUUCUCAAAAUCAGAAAAAUAAGAAACCAUUUUAAUUUGUAAUCUUCAGGAGGAAUCUUAAAAAAAUAUGCAGAGAAAUUUUGGAAUAAAACCAUUUUAUUGUGAAAUAUGCGAAAAAGAUUUUUUACACAGCAGUGACUUGAAAUUUCAUAUGAGGACUCACAAUGGAGAGAAAUCUUUCAGUUGUGAUAUCUGUGGAAAGGAAUUCUCACAAAACUCUAAUUUAAGGAAGCAUAUUAAAACUCACAGUGGUGAGAAACCUUACCGGUGUGAUAUAUGCAGAAAAGAAUUUUCCAGAAAUUCUCUUUUAAGCCGUCAUAUAAGAACUCACACUGGAGAAAAACCGUACCAUUGUGAUAUAUGUGGUAAAGAUUUUGUUGAUAAUUCAACAUUAAAGAGGCACAUAAGGAUUCAUACUGGUGAAAAACCAUUCUGUUGCCAAAUAUGUGGGAAAGAAUUUGCUCGAAAUUCUCAUCUAAAAGAACAUAUAAAAACACAUACUGGAGAAAAACCUUAUCAUUGUGAAAUAUGUGGCAAAGAUUUUUCUCAAAGUUCCUAUUUAAAAGAACAUAUAAGAACUCAUACAGGUGAAAAACCCUAUCAUUGUGAGAUAUGUGGUAAGGAAUUUUCUAGAAAUUCCCAUUUAAAAGAACACCGCAAAACACAUUCUAGAGAAAAAAGUUUUCUCUGUCAGAUAUGUGACAAGAGUUUCUCCCAAAAUUCUCAUUUAAAAGAACAUAUAAAGUCACACACUGAAGAUAUUCUAGAAAGUUGCUAAUUUUUAUUCUUAUUAAAAAAAUUAUAUGUAUUUAAUUUUAAAUAUUUAUGUUUUUAUGUGAGGGAAAAAUAGUUAGCAUUCUCAUGUCAAAGAUGGAGACAAAAGAGCUUGGAUAUGAUGCAAAAUUAAGUCAUUAUCAUCAUCUUUGUUUUAAUAUCAACUUCUCUAUGCUUGCAUCAGUCAAACAAAAUUUGUUGAGGCAAAUUUUCAAUGGUCAAAUGCUAUUCCUGUCACCAACCCUCACCUGUUUCCAACUAAGGUAAUAUUUCCCCAUAACCAGACAUUUUUGCAGAAAAUUGGAAAUGAAAGACACUGCUUGUAUGACAUUGACACUUGUACUCAUGUACAGCUAUCAUGCAACGUCGAGGCCAGGAGACAUAAACGUACAAACACACACACAUAUAUAACAUAAAUAUAUAUAUAAUGAGCUUCUUUCAGUUUCUGUCCACCAAAUCCAUUCACAAGGCUUUGGUUAGCUGGGGCGAAUGUAGUAAAUACUUGUCUAAGGUGCUAUGCUAUAGGACUGAAUUUGAAAUCAUGUGGUGGCAGAAUCAUUAGAGAAUCAGACAAAAUGCUUUGCAGUUUUUCUUCUGGCUCUUUACAUUCUGAGUUCAAAUCCCACUGAGACCAGCUUUACUUUUCAUCUCUCCAGCGGUUGAUAAAAUAAAGUACCAGUCAAGCAUUGGGGUUAAUGUACUUGACUAACCUCCUCUCCUAGAAUUGCUGGUUUGUGCCAAAAUUUGAAAAAUAUUGUUGUUGCUUGUUUUAUACAAGCUCUUUCAAGUCUCAUCCAAAGACCUCAAGAAAUAUCAAGUUAAAUGUUUUAUUGUGACUGCAGGUGUUAUUUACAAGUAGCGAGAUAAACUUCAGGGAAAGGACACCAAAUAAUAUGAAUUAAGAUUUCAUUAGAAGUAAUAUUUUCAAUUUUAAAAGAUUCAAAUAUUCUCAGAGGUCUCGCAUAGAAUGUGGAUUACACCCAUGAGAAUAAAUUUUUGUAGUUCUGAUACUUUUUGGUUGCCUGGUAUUUGAUCAUAGUAUUUAAGAGCACUUUAGCUUUUCAAUAUCUGGCAUAAAGCUCCCUCCCUCAAUGCUACACUCCUACUCUGUCAAGAUGACUUGUCUUGUGAGCUACUUGGUAACGUCACUAGUAACAGUGCCAUGGUACACUAUAAAGUGCUAUCUGUAAAGUGGUUAGUAUUAGAGAGGGCAUCCAGCCAUAGACAUCAUGUCAAAGCAGAUGCUGGAGCUCAACACAGUACUCUGGCUCAAUGCAGUUUGUUGAAUCAUCAUGUCAGCAUGGAAUACAGACAUUAAAUGAUGAUGACGAUGAUGAAUGUUCCUGUGAAAUGGAAUGAUGGAAGAGAUUCAUGCACUGCACACUUGAAUUGCACGUUCAUGACAUACUGCAGUUGCUCAUUAUGUCUUUAGGCAAGACAUGUUACUCUAUUUAGUUAAUAUAUUUACUUAAGACAUUUUUAUCAUUGUGCUGUGUGCUAAGAUAUGAAGAUAAUUUAUCAAUGAGUUACCGUUUUAAUCCCCAACCGAAACUACUUCACUCCAUUAAUUCUUUAAAUAACCACAUGAGUAUCAUCACCUUUCACUUCUUUUCUGUAUAAUUCCAGCAUAAUACCAAUUAGGAGACCAUUAUUUUUUAAAAUAGUUAAAACUACUGCUACUGCUGGUAGGUGUAGUAGUAGAAGUAGCAACAGAAAAACAGUUAAGUAUCAGACUAAAAUGAUGCCAUAUUUAAUCAUAGCUCUUUAUGUUCUGAGCUGAAAUUCAGCUUUUCACCCUUCCAGUGUCAAUAAAAUAAAUACAAUUAAA